GUUGGCAAUUAAUUCGACUUCUGGUUACUACAAUGGCAAGAUGUCUAUCUCUUACAACGGUUCUCAAAUCGCUGAUCACUUUGGUAGUCUUAAUUACUUUUAUGAUCGCUCUGAUUAAAACGAGAAUUUUAGAACCACAUGUUCCAGAAAGGUCAUUAGCGCGUGAUCCAGGUCCACCUAUUUUGUUAGCCACAGACAGUUAUCAUGCAAAGGACAGUAGAUUAGAAAGAAACAAUAAUGGUAUUGAAGGAAGUGAAUUUGAUAAAAACAAGCAAGAUGAAUCAGAUGAUGAUAAAAUUGGUGAUGUUGAAGACAAUGACGAUGAUUCUAGCAAUGAAGACAUCUCAGAAAGUGUUGGAGAAGUCGUUUCCAUUAAAGAUGAGAUUGAGAUUCUCGGAAACAUUCUAACACAAAAGUUGGCAGCUGUCUACGAUGUGAAUAUAGAACCACUGAAACCAACUUGCAGGAAUAAAUCUGUCCUCGCCAACAGCUGCGAAGGCAGCAAGCGAUGUUUGCGGACUCAGCUGCCGGACGAUCCGAAAGCCAGAGUGCAGCAACUCGUUGGGCCGAAUAAGCUUCGUCUCAGCCCGACGCAGCACGAACUUUUACGGAAGAUGGCGAAGAAAGUCGAAGGAUUUUACGACAUUAUUCUUCUAACCGCCGCCUCUUCCAACCAUUUUAACGAGUCUCAAGCUUUACUCCAAACCGUACACACAAACCUAUUUCCAAUUCUGAAAAACUUUACGCUCAUUUUUUACGACAUUGGGCUGACAUCUCAAGAGAAAGCGCUAAUGAUGAAGAACUGUAGAUGUCAGUAUCUGCACUUUCCAUUUGAGGUUUUCCCGGAAUUCCUCCGCGAGUUGAGAUGUUAUUCUUGGAAGCCUGUCAUGAUCAAGUCGAUGCUGCAGAAGGCCAACAUCAUCGUCUGGAUGGACGCCUCUGUGCGUUUCCUUGACCAGACCGAGAACAUCCAGGUUGUCAUUGGCAACGCCAGAAAGCGUGGUGUACAGAUUGGGGGCAGCAACGUCAUUUCCGCUUUCAGAACUUUCCGCAGCAUGUACCACUUCUUUGGCGACGAACCAUGCGCCUAUUUCGCCCUGGGGAUGGCCAAAGCUACUUUUGGUAUAUACCACAACGAGAUCUUUGUCGACAGGGCCAUCUUGGCGCCCUGGGCCGCAUGCGCACUCACUGCCGAGUGCAUGUGUCCGCCCGACAGAUUUAUGGGAACGUGCAGACAGAGCAAGGACAUGUUUAAACUUUGGCGGGAGCAGGACGGACCAAUCAUGUACGGUCUGUGCCACCUCUACGACCAAUCAGCGAUAAGUCUUAUCUUGCAUAAACUUUACCAGGAGAGUUUUCGCUGGGUCUAUUGUAACACAAAUUAUUUCUCUCGCAUACAGCGCGAUGACCUUGCGGGUUACUUCUCUUGACAAGUUUCAUGAUUAUGUGUGCAAUAUUUUAAUAACUUGUAUAGUUGUCAUACAAUUCUACUAUUCUGAAAGUUAUGAAUCAGUAUUUUAUAAAUUAUUGCUAUUUUAUUAUUUUCUAAUAAAUGUUAUUGUUUUAAAUUUUAAAGGGAAAUAAUUCUUUGUUUAUUAAAUAUCAAUAUUGAAUGCUUAAGUGAAAAAUUUGUGGAAAGAUGUUUAUAUUUGAUAAGGAGUCCAUGUAAUCAUAACAAUUAAUCAAUUAAUCAAUUAAUCAAGACAUCGUUCGGAUAUUCCUUCAAAUUUGAAGAUUGUUACAUCAUAACCGAAACAGGACGAGGGAGGGGGUGGCAUUAGGCGGAGUUAGAACCCGGGACCGCCGAAACGACAGUCCAGAAAACAAAGGUGUUGAAGGUUGCUUUUAGUGUGUUUCGUAGGUCUUUAAACUCAGUCCGGAACUGAACAACAUGCCAGCAGACGACUACUGACUAUAACAUUAUUUUUACAUAUUUGAGCUUCAAAUGUGGAACUUGAAGAAAGAAAAAAAAAGUUCUUGUAUUUUGAAUCUUCUUAAAAUUAAAUAUGGUCUCUUAUGAACACGCGCGUCAGUGCUUGUAUUCAGUGCAGAGAUAAAUAAAUAGAUAAAAGUUUAGGAGCAUUGUGCAUAGCUCUAAUGUAGAAAUCAUUAGCUGGACCAGUGGCGUUACUAGGGUGGUGCGAGGGGUGCGGUCUACACCGGGUGACACCCUUUUGGGGGUGAAACUCAAGUUGGAAAAAUUAUUUCUUGGCAAAAAGCAGACACAUCGGAAAAGAUAAUAAGAAUAAAACAGACAAAUUUAGACAGUAUUUUAAAGAUUAAAUGACACAGCCCAAAGUUAUACCAUUUCUGUCUCAAAGUAUAACAACGGAAACCUUUUCAGGUGAUGUUAAGUCUGUUUCUAAUUUUAAUUGAGUUUCGUUGUAAAACUUGCAAUCACAAUGGAAUAGAUGUCAUAAAGAGUUGGAUGUUUUAAAAGAAUUGAAACUCAUUUUACAUUUGAGUAACAAUAAAAAAAAAAGGGGGGUUGGUUCAACAAAAAGAGUUAACUAACAAUUGUGACACUGACAAGAGUGACGCCGCUGAGCUAGACUGCUAGAAUUUGACUAUGACAAUAUGCAUGUAUACUUCUAUUGUUGAUAUCACAUAUUGAUACAUUGUAAAUCUCUAACUAGAUCCGUAUUCUAGACUAGACAGCUGUCUUUUAAUGUUUCCAAGUCUGGAUCUAAAUCACGAAAUCUAAAACAUUAAGUAGAUUUAUACAUGGGAGUAACAAGGAUG